AUGCACCAGCUUUUAGGAAGCCAAACCAAAAAAAUCAAAACCUACGGAAGGAAUCAAAGGGAACGUGUAAUUCCAGCUACCAAUGCGUUAAAACCCGAGGUUGACACGGCUUCCAUUAGGAUGUCGGAAAGUUUCAAUGUCGCUCUGAACCGCGUCGUUAAAACAUCUAGACGACACGCCUCGCCUAAUAAAACAACGUUACACCAGGAGAAAAUCCUCGAGGGUGAGCAAAAACGACGUGAAAAUGCGUCGGCCGACGACUCAGUGCUAUCGAACCUCGCUUCACCCGCGAGAAGUUUGACUUCCAAUGCAGCUAACAAGGCAUCGUCUCCCACCGAGGUUACUCGUCGCCCGCUUACCCCCAAAAAUCCAAAUGAAAUUCAAACUAAAAAAAUCGAACGUGCCAAAAAGUCAAAAAUCACGGUGAAGCCUAAAUUGAAUCGGUCAUUAAGACUUUCAGCUCCGACGGUUUGUGAAAAUGACAAAAGCUUUUCCAAUCACCUUCACACCAACCAAGCUUUUAUGGAACGCGAAGUGGAGUCGUUGUCUAAGGAGGUUAAAGUUUUACAACUCGCGAAAUCACAAGAACACUUUGGUGUCAACAACAAUACAAGCGUCUCCACGAUGAUAGCCACGGGACUGACUAAAGUUGCCAGCUUAUUAUUACGGAACAAGAGUCAAGAGGGUGAGGAUGAAUUGACCACGUUGUUAAAAUUGUGCGACCAGAAAAAGAUUUACUCUUUUGAAGAAUACAUUGGAGUCGAAUGCAUGAAGAACGCGGUGAAGAUAGGCGAGGCAAGUUUUUCUGAAGUGUUCUCCGCGUACGCACCCCAAUUUACCGCGAAAAAAGUAAAAAGUGUUUUCAAGAUCAUUCCUUUCGGGCGAGGCGGAGAGAUUCUUAUUAACGGAGAGGAGCAAUGCAGCAUAAGGAAUAUUUCCCAAGAAGUCAAGACCACUCUUGAAUUGGGUGGACGAACUGGUCUUGAUCCUAAUUUAAGGGUCGGGUUCCUACAAUUAUACAGGUAUGAAAGAAGAAGCGGAGACCUCUCGAGAUGCGUUUUCCCUAAACCGACUGAUCAUAAUAACUCAAAACACGACAACUUUAGUGUGGCCAUAUGUCGUGGAAGUUUUCCCGAAUUGUUGCUAAAAGAAUGGGAUCGUUGGGAUGCGGAAUAUAAAUCGGAGAGCGGUCGACCAGAUUAUUUUGAUGAAAGACAAAUGUACGUUGUCUUCGUCGAAGAGCAUGGUGGUCAAUCUCUGGAAACCGCCAAGUUGAAGAAUUGGGCACAGGCGUGGAGUCUCCUCGCGCAAGUAGGCUGGAGCCUGGCACAGGCUGAACAGUCUCUUAAAUUCGAGCAUCGCGAUCUUCAUUGGGGAAACGUCACAAUAAGGCACACAAAGAUGACAAGAAUCUCAUAUGACAUGACCUCGUUUAAAAAGACAGUUGAAGUACCGACAUUUGGGAUCAAGGCAACCAUAAUAGACUAUACUUUGUCUCGGAUGGAACGCGAUCGAGAAAUCAUCUACGUGAACAUUUCAGACGAGAGUUACUUUACAGGCCAAGGUGAUCACCAAUAUGAUGUCUAUCGAAUGAUGCGCGAAGAGACGAAGGGUGAUUGGAAGUCAUUUUGGCCAAAGACGAAUUGGAUUCGUUAUUUGGCGGACAAACUUUUGACAUCCAAAAUAUUACCAAAACCAAGAAAAAGCAAUGAACAUUACUCGUAUUAUCAUGCCAUACUCGAAUUCAAAGAACGGGCGGAAAAGUACGGCAGCGUGAUGGAGGCGAUGAAUAAGGAUGAGUCGUGGCGGAUAUGA